AUGGGGAGCAAGGCAAAAAUGCGCCCAGGUAACACGAAAAACGGACGGAACUUAUGUGCACUACGUUGGCUCAAGCAGACCAAGCGCAGUGGGACAACGGAUGAGUUCAAUGCCUACUACGGAACGUUGACAUCAGAUCAGCUUGGGAACGAUGCGUUGUUGUUUUCACGCAUGCAAGUGGUGCCCACCCCGCAUGCGUGCAAUACCAACUACCAUCAUAAUUAUAGUGUCAAAAACAAGACCCGCACGUACUAUGGUGGAAUGCCAUCGCACAUACAGGUCGCGGAGCAUCAAUUUGUUGAGCUUGAGUUGGCGCUGCAACGGAUUGAUCUUAUUGUUUCAGCAACCAACUCACGCCUAUAUGAAAUCGCUCAAGCUCGUAGCAGCACAGAGCGUGACAAAUCAUGGCAGUUCUUGACUUUGCUGACGACACGAGAGGUCUGGGAUGCAUUCGUUAUUGUUGCAUUGCUCGAUCACCAGCAGAUGCAAGGUGGACGGCUUCAAGUUCCCCAUGACGGAGACCAAAAAGAUCGCUAUACAGCAGCUAUGGGUGCACGUACCGAACAGAUCAUAACCCAUGGUCAAGAAGAACUCCCCCAUGCAUGCUAUGGGUGCAUGCGAGUUUUCACCUCACCUGAUGGCCUGCUGCCGUCCACUGAAGUCAUCGUGACUGAUGGUGUCAUUGUCGGACGGCCUUGUCGUGCCAUACCACGGUGCAAAAAUCCAUUGAUGACCCACCGCUGUAGGUACUGCCUUGAGCACCAAACUCUCGAAAGUAUUUGCGCUGUUGAGGGCUGCAGUCAGGUGGUCACUCGUGAUCCUCAGACGGGGAAGCUUCUGAAGGCCUGCGAUGACCCCUUUCAUACGAAGAUGGAAGCUGCGAAUACCGAAUCUUCUCGCAGUGGGAAAAGUAGGACUCAGCGCAACAAGACUGCAAAGUUCAAUGAUGUCAUGGAAUCCAGCAUGCACGAUCUCACUAAUGGGGUCAAGUCUAUCCCUCUCCAGGAUGCUGAUGAGUGGUACGAGCGCGAGGUUGCUACUGGUGCUGUCCGUUUGGUGCAGGCAUCCAUGACCACAUCAACGGGAGUUUCUGAUCUGGCACCUAAUGAGCCUUCCAACUGCGACAAUAGUGUGCGCUCAGGCAAAGAUGCUCCUGUCAAGCUGAAAGCUGUUUUUCGUCGACAUCGCGCAAACAACGAACAACUGUACUGGCUGGCAAUGAGGAACUUACGAAACUCCGACGCACGAGUCGUGUUCUCGAGAGCGAACACGCAGCGCUUCAGGGACCAAGAACUCAAAAUUUACAAUGCUGAACGCACCGCAAUCGCCGCCAGACAGAACCUGACCCAAGCCCAAUGGCGGUCCUCUGAGUGGGAGAAUCGCGCGAAAGAGUAUGAAAGCUUGACGAGGUGGAGCAAGCUGAUGCUCAACUUGAUGCGGGGUAUUCCUUUGCAAACCUUCAACUGGAAGAACUUUAAGGAAGCGGAGGGCCACUUUGUUAAGGACCGAGAGCAAAAGUUACACGAUCAGGUUGCAAAUUUUGAAGCUCAAGUCGCUCGACUUGAGAGUGACCUUUCAAAGGCCAAGGCGACUCCAACCCCAUCCAUAGCGUCCUCGUAUACCAAAAUUGGGCAUACGGAGUUACCCUCUCCUCCUGAUUCGCGUUCAAGUACCGUCUUUUCUGGGGACAGAUCAAGUACCCCAGUCGCGCAGAUGAAUGGUUCUCACCGACCUCGUAGCGAUCCUCCUCACCAAUCAUCUCCGUCCGUUCGGGAUUCAAUGCGUGCGCCCCGUAGAUUUCCCCAUCUUGCUUAUGCAGCAGUACCUGCCACUCCCAAGUCCAGGCGACUCAUCUCAUCAUAUCGACCUCAAUCUGUCGUCUCGCUCACUUCUCAAUGUUCUUCGCGGUCAGUCGCAUCCCGACGCCAAGUACAUUUUCAAUCGUACCGGAUGACGACGGCUGUCACUCGUAACUCGUUCAAUACAAUCUGCACUUGCUCGACCUCAUGA